GCGAGCAAGUUAAGUUUGGGUUUUGAAUGUUUUGCAAAGUCAAGUGAAGUCAGGUGAAAGUUAAACCGACGGAGCUUAGCAUACGAAGGCGAAAUAAACUUCUGUCUGUGGAAAAACAUUGAACGUGCCAUCUGUAAAAAGUCCUUUACAGUUUCUCGUGCAAGUCUCAGCAAGCCACGAGUGCAUUUGAAGCAGAUAGGUGUAACAAAGCGAAGCCACCUGAGGCUCUGUUUUCAGUCGCUGCACGAAGACAUGAGAGACACUCCCGCUGGGUCCAGACUGAACGUUAUACCUGAGAGUUGCAUUGUUCUGCUCUGCAUUUUAAGGCUGAAGUGAAGGAGCCUGUGGCUGCUGAGCUCCUGAUAUUGGAAUGGAAAACCGAGAUGAUGAAGUUGAUCACAAGAGCAGCACGGUGGGGAGUGAUGGGGCAAACUCCGCCAGCAGUACCCCCCCCUCGAAGCGUAAGGCUAAGUUCUCCAACUUUGGCAAGAUUUUCAAACCCUGGAAAUGGAGGAAGAAGAAGAGCAGUGAGAAGUUUAAGGAGACCUCUGAAGUUCUGGAAAGAAAGAUCUCGAUGAGAAGAACCAGGCAGGAGCUCAUAGACAGAGGAGUACUGAAAGAGGUCUCAGAGAACGAAGAGAACAAUGUGAAUCAAUCAAAAGCCCCUGCGGUGAAGAACGGCCACACCGUGCCCGUGGCAGGGGAUACAGGCCCUGACGCCAGAGUGAAUCCCACAUGGCUGCCACAGGGCGAGGAACGGAAAAGCUCCCUGGUUCCGGAACCGGACCGGAGGAGCCGAGCGCCAUCUGACAUCGAGCGACGGAACCGGCAACCACUGGACGUGGAUUCCAGAACCAGGCUACCGUCCGACCUGGACCGGCGCAGCUACCCCCCGUCAGAACCAGACAGAAGAACAGGCUCCCUCCCCAGACCUCAGGGCAAAGACGACAGGAGAGAUGAUAGAGAGCGGAGAGACGAGAGAGAGGAGAGAGGAAGGAGAGAUGACAGAGAGGAGAGGGAGAGACGGGACAGGCGAGAUGACAGGGAGGUGAGAGGAGACAGAAGAGAAGACAGAGACAGGCGAGACAGGAGAGAUGACAAGUGGGAGCGAGACGACAGGGAACGGAGGGAUGGUAGAGAAGAUAAAGAGGACUGGGUACGGAGAGACGACCGGAGGGACGACAGAGAGAGAGACAGGAGGGAUGACCGGAGGGACGACCGGAGGGACGACAGAGAGAGAGACAGGAGAGAUGACCGGAGGGACGACAGGAGGGACGACAGAGAGAGAGACAGGAGGGACGACAGAGAGAGAGACAGGAGGGACGACCGAGAAAGAGACAGGAGGGACGACCGAGAAAGAAGAGAAGAUCGAGAGAGGAGAGAAGAACGCGAAAGGAGGGAGGAGCGCGAAAGGAAAGAGCCAAGAGACAGAAAAGAAGACCGGGACAGGCGGGAAGAGCCGGAGAGACGAGAUGACAGAGACAGGAGGGAGGAGAACGAACGGAAAGAAGAGCGAGAAAGGAGAGAGGAACGGGAGAGAAGAGAAGAGAGAGACAGAAGAGAGGAAAUGGAGAGGAGAGAGGGGAGACGUCCGGUGCCCCAGAGACAGGCGGCUGACGUCAAGCCGGACAGGCCGGCGUCGGAGAUAGACAUGAGGUACGCCAUCCAGAAGAGCUCCUCCGAACUGGCCAUGAAGGUACGGCCACUGUCAGAGUUCGAGCGUAGCAGCACCCUCCCGCGAUACACGCCUGCGGAGGAAGAGGCUCGAGCACGCUCAGGGUCAGUCGGUGUCCGCCCCAUGCCCAUCCCCAGGCCUGACAAAGGACAGGCCAAUCCCCAGGAGCCUCAGCCGCCCAAACAAGCUAUCCUCCCCCCCAAAUGGUUGAUGUCGUCCUCCGCAGAGACCGAGAGAAAGUUCUCCUCGUCUUCCUCGUCCUCGUCUGCCUCCUCUUCCUCCUCCACUGCCUCCUCAUCCUCUGCACCCCCCAUCGCUAAGCCCCCCCCACGGACCGUGUCCCUAAUAACGGACGAAUCAUCUCGCCGUAGCCCCACGCCUCCCGUGCCUGCCGUCGAACAGGAAGUCCCGCCUCCCGUCCCUUCUCACGCCCACCCCAAACAACCCCCUGCCCCACCUCCCAAACCCACCAACCGUAACAGCAACGCCACGCUGCAAGUGGAAAUCCCACAGGUCGCCAGCGGGCCAAACCCGGUGCCAGCCAAGCGUUCUCCUCCCACGCCUCCGAAGAGGAUGACACCCGUCACCAAACGCAACACCGAGGAGCCUGCCCCGGCCAGUCACGUGGAGCCCCCGGCCAAAGGCUCCUCCUCCUCCGCCGCCGCUCCCCCGCCUCCGCCGCACGGGACUCCCGCCCCCGCAACGGCAGACGAAAACAAACCAGCCCCCGGAUCUCAGCAGACCCCUUCCGUCCCUGUCUCUCCGCCCCCUUCCCACAUCCCCCCGUCGCCUCCCCCCACCCACCCGAAGCCCGGCGUGGCUCUCGCGCAGUCGGUGACCGUGGACCCACCCAGUCCCACGACCGAACCCCCGAGUCAGCCUCCCGUCCCCCUUCACAUACUGAUCAAGAGAGCUCUUAACAGCCCCGGCCUGGUCCAGCCCAAACCAGACGGCUCCCAACGCGCGCACUCCCAGCUGUUUGAGAAACAGCUGGAGUUCCUCAUGGAACCUGGAGGACGUUACUCUCUACCGGUCACCAUCGAACCGCUCAGACUUCCUGAGGAUGAUGACUUUGACAUAGAGGAAGAGCUGAGAAAGCUCCGCCCAAAACCAGCUCCACGUCCUCCUCACCAGCCCGAGCUGGAGCCACGGAGCCGGCGCGGCUUGGUGGUCGACCCCUCUGUCAGCGUCAUCCCUGAGAGCCAGGGCCAAAGUGACAGCGAGGAAGAGGAGGAGAGUGACUCAGACGGGCCUAUUCUAUACAGAGACGACGACGAAGAUGAGGAGGAUGACGUACCAAUGAAUGGGCUGGCCAGUCGUGUGAAGAGGAAAGACACCCUGGCUCUGAAGCUGGAGCGUCAGCAGGAGAAACUGGAGCAGGAGAGCCAGGACAGCCAGGAGCCCAUGAGCUGGAAGAAUCGGGAGCAGUGGGAGGCGGUGCGCAAUAAGAUUAGUACCACGCUCACACGGAGGCUGAGUCAGAGACCCACAAUGCAGGAACUUGAGGAUAGAAACAUUCUUCAAGCCAAGAACGAGGCCGAUCGCCGAGCGGAGAGGAGUGAGAUCAAACGCAGGCUCACCAGAAAGUUGUCCCAGAGACCAACGGUAGCAGAGCUGCAGGCCCGUAAAAUCCUGCGUUUCCACGAAUACGUGGAGUGCACGCAGGCACACGACUACGACCGCCGCGCUGACAAACCCUGGACCAGACUCACCCCUGCCGACAAGGCUGCCAUCAGAAAAGAGCUGAAUGAGUUUAAAAGCACAGAGAUGGAGGUUCACGAGGAGAGUCGCAUUUAUACCAGGUUUCACCGCCCUUAGCCAGCCCAGACAGAAAGCACUUAACCCCCCAAACAGAGAUGACUGAGACGCCACUGCGGAACAGGGGGGCUCCGAAAAGGCUGAACAUUUCCCAUCGUCAAGGCCGUUCACAGCCAAUCGGAAUAGCCGCGAGCAAAGGGCGAGUGUAGGCCGGUCUCUCCAGCUAAAGACGGCAGAAGCGAAACUGACUGACUGAGGACAACUAAGCCGUUGAAAAUAUGGCACUUCAGUUUUGGGGGAAGCUGUUCGGAUCUGUGCCGAGUGCCAAUUCACUAAGAAAAGGGGUUUCCCCUGAUCCUGUAGCUCACCUAGUUCCAAAAGGGCAGUCACAAGACUUGGAGAGAUAUCUGAGAAUUUAUAGGAAAUGGAGAGAGGAAAAGACUGAAUUAUGAGAGUUUUUAACAGCAUCAGUAACCCAGGGUAUCUUUCUCUCACGGUUCAACAUGUGGCCUUUGUUGGGUUUUUAGCUAUUAGAUACAAAGAAUCAACUGACUGUUCUGUCUCCUGUCAUGGUCAGGCUUGUGUGUGUCUGUACUGAUAGGAAUUAUUAUUAAUGCAAUGAGAAUAAUAACACAAACUACCACUCUUAGAAACAAAAUGUGAGCAAGUGUGCGCACGCGUGCGUGCGUGUGCGUGCGUG